CUGUUAUUAUAGACGCUUUACUUCCUGUUUUACGGCUUGAACUCAUCAAUAAACUGCUGCAGUCGCUCAAUGAGGAAGAAGGAGAAAAAGCGAAGGGCUUGACAGCAAUCAGUAUUCCAGUGGAUGACGCCUCCAGAAGAAUAAAUAAACCAAACUGAAUGGACAGGAAAGCAGUUAGUAUUUAAAUUUCCAUCCUGUUGCUGAACCUCCUUUCCAAAACCAGGACCAAACAUGGUGCAUGUCUACAACUGCCAUCCUUUCGCCUCACAGCAGAUUGUACAGGUGGAGCAGGAACCUGGGCUCGUGUGCUGUGGAGGCGGAGCGCUGUUUGUGGUGACGACAGGAGGAUGCAAGGUGGAGGUGUUCUGUCUGGAAAAGGAGGGCUGCCCUCUGAUCUGCCGCUUUGCCACCAUGGGCACGGUGAGGAGAAUCCAGUACAGCACCAUAGGAGACUACUUGGUAACCAUCGAGGAAAAGAACAGCGCCACCUAUCUGAGAGUCUACACAAAUUGGCGCUACCAGGCGGAGGAGAAGGCCCGUAUCGGCGUGCGUUUAUUGGGCCACUUGCUCCGUGGGGCGUCCGUUUGGGGCGGCGUGCAGAUGGAGAUCAUCGAGAUCCCUCUGUCCGGGCUUCCUGUCGCCCUGGCCUGCUGCUCGGUGAAGGGAGACCUCCUGGUCGCCUGUGAGAACACGCUGGUUCUUUUUGCUUUGAGGAGGCAAACCCAACAGAACCUGCCAAAGGAGAACCAGCAGAACCUCCAGAGCUCCUGGCCGAACUCGGAGCAGAGCUGCAGUCAGAGUCGAGGUCGAACUUCUUGUCCAAAUCAGGAUCUUUCUGUUCUGGACUUUGAACGUUCGGUCAUCUUGCAUCUCUCAAAGAUUACCCCUAAGCAGGUGGCGCUGUGUGGAGGUUAUGUGGCUGUCCAGGCAGAGCUUGAAGUUCUGGUUCUGAAGCUGGAAGCAACGACCGAGCCCGCAGCCGCGGACGACCCGUCGGACUCCUCUAAGAGCGCAGAUUAUCCAGAAGACCAGAGCGAUUUCCUCCUCGUUCCGAAACACCAGGAGCUUCUCGGCGAUCAAGCCAAGGACUGCGACGUCCCCGUCAACGUCGAACAGACGGGGCUGGAGGACAGGAGGCGCUACACGCUCUCCUACGUUCUCUUUAGGCGUUUCACUCCAGAGUUCUUUCAGGGCUGCGGCGUGGAGGAGAUGCAGCUCCACUCCCUGCAGCUCUACCCGAUGUUCAUCGGUAACCAGUCGGCGUCUGUGGACGGCCCGGCCUGCAUGUUCUGUUUCUUCUCCCUUCCCACCGCUGGGUACCUGUACAGCCUGAGGGGCGGCGUUGAGCUCCUCUCUGCCUAUCAGUACCCAGAGAAGGUGCUGCAGGCGGUGCUAACGGAUCACCUGCUGCACGUUAUAACAAACAGGAACGCCCUGCAGUCCUUCACGGUGCGUUGUGCCGCAGUAGCAGCCAGGGUGGAAGACCCCUACAUUGACACCACCAUGAAGGCUUGUCCACCGUGCAGUCUGGAGGUGUGUGCGCUCAGAAUGCAGUUAUUCAUCGGUCUGCGGUCAGUGUGUGCUUACGGCUGCCAUGUUAUCCUGCUCUCCACUGCUGACACAGAAACACCAGAGGAAACCGAGCGCCACACGCAACGCAGGAGCCUCGAGUUGAAAGAGCACAACAUGCUGACUGGUAUUUUCCUCGCGGUGGGAAUCGAUCCCGCAACCACACCAGCUCUGGAGAACCUUCUGUCACGGCCCUUCCUGACCAGGAGGUGGGCAACCCCGUCCCCCAAAGAACCCAGUACUGUUGGACAUGGCUGGAAUCUCUAUGUUGUUGACACCGUGCCCCCCCUCACACUCUACCAGGAGAUGGUUGAGUACAGCCAGCGCUAUGCAGAGAACAACCCACAGGGCCUGAGUCUUCGACACCUCCUCGGUGAAGCUCACCUCCUCCUCCGCUCCUCCCUGCUGCAGUCAUCAGAGCAGCGGCAGAACGCCGACGGCGCCAGAAAGAUGGCUGCACAGACCCAGAGGGAGGAGCUGGAGGAGGCGUUCAGACAGAACUGUGCCCAGCUUGGAGACUGUUUCAGCAGGGGUUGCCAGAAGGAUUGCCACCUGGCUUUGCCGUACUACAGGAUGUCCGGUCUGUCAGUCACUGAAGUCAUCUCCAGAAACCGCCCACUUCCAGGUAGCCCUCACACCUACGGACCGGGUUUCCUGUUUUAUCUGAAACACUUCCUGUUAGAGGAAACGGAUCAGACCCUCAGUCAGGAAGACGCUGACGAGGUGGCUCGGAUUUUCGGCCAGUCGGAGCCGUCGAUGCUUGUCAGCGUGUGCGCCAGUCCGUGCAUGAUGAACGUCGACGCCGCUGCGGCGCUGCAGAUUCUAAGAUGCUGGGAGGACACCGCUGGCGUGUCGGUGCCUCUGACCAUCACCAUGGCGGCCAUGAUGCUGCGCCUGGGCGACCUGGCUCAGUACACAGAGCUGAUGGAGCGCCAUGCUGAGAUGCUGCUGGUGUACGGGUUCAUUGAGGAGCCGAGGCUGCUGCUGCACGGCGGCGGAGGAGGCAAGCACGCUCAGGUCUGUCCCACAGCGCUGGCCCGGCAGCUGGCCGACUCCCAGCCUGGACUGCUGGUGGCUGCCAUGGUGGCCUUACACGAGAACAGCAAGGUUCAGCUGGAGCAGGCGGACCACGUCUACAAGGAGCUGGGAUGUGAGAACAGCUUGCAGGUGGACUUUUGGGAGGCGAUGCUGAUGGCGUCCUCCCAGGAUGCCGUCAUUCAGGAGCUUCUGUUCCGGCUGGCUUCGGUUUACAUCGACCGGCUGACGCCCGGCGCAGCCCCAACGAAACACAAGUCCCUGAAAAGUGCUGACGACCUGAUCAGUUCCUGCUCUCAUUAUGGUGCUCUUUACCCGUGGCUCACUUUCCUGAACCCGGUCCAAACUUCCAGCUAUCAACACUGGGAGGCGCUACACAAACUGCAGUCCCUGCUAUGCGGUCCUUCCCUCCCUGUUGAUGCUGUUGCCCCUCUGUUGGAGAGUCUGUCUGAGGAAACCCUGUGGGGCUUUAGCCUGCACCUGCUCUGUGCCACCAGGAGGGGGCACUACGGCAGCAGCAUCGAGCAGUUGCUGGACCGCUGUCCUCAGGCCAUUAUAGCCUACGCCAACCACCAGUUACAGGAUAAACACAUGGCCCUCUGGUGGCAGAAGCUUCUUCCUGAGCUGUGCAGUCGGACGAGGGCAGCCGCUGACAACAGCAUCCUGCUGGGGGCUCUUAAAGAGACGCUGGUCGUGGUUGCCAUGCAGACGAGCCCCGCAGAGUUCCUGGAGCUCAUCCCAGACGAUGGCGCGGCGUCGUUCUUCCUGCCUCACCUGCUCACCUGCAGCCAAAGACACCUGCUGGCCUGACCGUGUUCGGGGAGGACAGAAACCCGCCGGGGACCAGUCAGAGCUCCUGGGGGGUUUGGGGCGAAGGUCGAUCACCGGGCUGGAAGGUGAUUCUGCCUGCCGAGUUGCCGUUUAUCUGGUUAGUCUUAGACAAUCUGCUGCUUUUAGGAUCAAUAAAAUUCAAUCAAACACUCAACCAUGUUGGUUAAAUCUUAAAAUGUAUUUAUUUCCUGCUGCACUGGAUUGAGAACAUUAUUUUUAUUUCCCCUGAGCUUCUCAGUAUCUAAUGUAAAUAAAGUAUAUCUAUUAUAAACCAUGUGAAUGCCUUGUUUAUAUUUAACUAUUUAAGAUGGCCAUCUUGUUCUUUUAAAUGCUUUCAUGCAGAGAUUUCUGGACAGUUUCACGGCUGUAAAAUCAGUCGGGAGAUUAUCUUGGAUUCCUGCUUUGUUUCUUUUCUCACAAUUGAGUAAAAUUUACGUUAUAUGAGGUGUCUUGGCGAUGGAGAAAGAAACUGAGUCUUAAAUAAAUAUUUUACUCAAACCACAAA